AUGCCGGCGAUGCGCUCCGCGGCGGUGGCCGCGCUCCUGCCGUGGGGCGCCCAGGGCCUCAAGGCGCAGGCCGAGCCUGAAGAUGCCCCGGCCUGGCUGACCAGCCAGGAGGCGCGCCCGUGGGGCCAGGAGCUGUCGUUCGACGACCUGGAGGACAGGGCCUCGGAGGACCAGCUCGCCAAGACCAAGGAGCUGAAGGCGUCGGCGCUCGAGGGGAUCAGGGAGUCGAUGUCGAGCAACCUGCACAGGGCGGAGAUGGAGGUCGACGCCUCGUCCGCACUGGAGGGCUUCGCGGAGCCUCUCAACGAGACAGAGGCCGCCGAGAUCGCUGACGCCUGGCUCACCAUGCCAGGCGCCGACGUCACCUUCAGCUACAACACCCACUGCGACCCGGUGACGGGCUGCCGCAGUAGCGGCCACAAGCCGGGGCAGCCGUCCUUCCAGGAGAUGCACCGCAACGUGUUGGCUUCCCUCCGCGCAAUGCGCUUCUGCUUCAGUGACGUCCUAGUCAUCCUCGACGUCCCCCACGUGGGCCACGACAAGCUCGGCCCAGAGACGCCUGGCAACGUCACAAGCCACAUGGUCGUCCCCAAGGAGGCGCCUGGGUCAUUCAGCGAGCUGCGGCUGGCAGCCGGCCAGACCGUCAAGAGGUUCAGCGUGGAUUCUGGGCUCUCGGCGGCGGCCACCGCCACCGCCAAGGCCGCCGCGGAGCUGCUGCGCGACCACUGCCCUGCCGCCGCGCCCCAGUGGAAGGUGAAGGUCAUGGACUACGGCUCCCAGGACCUGCGGCAGCGGGCGCUCGAGCAUUACGCCAUCCCCGACGGCGAGAAGAACAGCAGUUUCUUCGACAACAUGUGCCGAGGGGGGGCCAAGAGCCAGUACGUGUACCACAUGGACGCCCAGUGGCGCCUCUACAGGAGCAACUUCUCGAGGGCCACGCCCAACUUCAUCGAGAAGGCCGUCUCGCUCAUGAAGUCAGACAGCCGGGUCUACAUGGCCUCGGUCAUGAACACGUUCAACCUCGAGCCCCAGAAGAACCCGUACAACAAGUUCGCGGUGAUUCCUGGCUCCGUGCACGGCAGCACCCCGAUCGAGCGCGUGAAGGGCAUGUUGGAAGGUUGGAGCAAAGACCAGUGGCUUUCGCAGAAGCGCCCGCUCCGAGGAGAGGCCUUCCACGGGCGUUGGGAGGACACGUCGGACGAGGGGAACAAGAAGAUCGCGCUCUUCAAGAUGAACUGGGAGAAGUGGGGCGGCAUCGUCACCCGCCACCAGUUCCUCAUGGACACGCAGCGCUUCAAGAGCCUCUUCCCGCUGGAGGAGUGGGACACCGCCGCGGAGCACAUGUGGUCCGCGAACAUGAACAAGAAGGUGCUUGACGACAUCGUCUAUGGCGAGCUCGGAGAAGCCGAGCCACUAGACGUGGUGGACGACGACGGCCGCUCGAUCAUGGACAAAGAUAUCAAGAAGUACAUCGCGUACAUGAUCCACGGGUUCAUGGGCUUACCAAGCGAGGCCCGUGCAAUGCGCGAGCAGGCGUUGCAGAGGGCAGGGGAACUCGCCAUCCUCAUCAGCAGCAGCAUCGCCACCUCCGUCAGCAUGCUGGCGAUGCGGACCGCGGAGAGCGACCAGGAGGGGACCAGCGCGGGCGACAAGGACAGCGGAGGGGAUGAGGGCACACAAACAGGAGUUGACGCUAAGGCGUUCAACAUCUUGCAGUUCGGGAUGGAUCCCGAGGAGAUCGCGGAGUUGCCGCCGUACACAGCCGAGCAGUGCGAGGACAGCAUGCGGCAACACGUGCAGUGCAUGAAGGCGAUUGAGGCCAGCGAGACCAAGCGGGAGCGAAGGCUCAGGGAGGACGUUUGGUGCCAGAUCGACCUCUGCACGACUGCCGCCGGGCAGUACGCCGACGAGGACUCCGCGCAGUCUGCGGCCCAGCGAGCCCUCGGGGAGAUGUGCGGCGUCUCGCUCGGGGGGCGCGUGUGGACCGACGAGGUGCAGCUCGCCGCGCGGAACCGCCUGGGGGUGCCGCUGCUGCCGUUCAGGUUGAUGGACGCGGACGGGGUGGAAGUCUUUGUGCUCAUCCUGCCCGAGGGCACGGAGGCCAGGCAGAGCGAGCAGGCGAACGUGCUCUGCUUCGACGAGCCCAGAAGCGCCCCCGCCGUGCGGACGGGCGCGGAGAAGCGCAGCGGGAAUUCAUCCACGACGCGGGACGCGCCCGCGAACGGGAGCGCGGAAGACCAGAACCUGCGCUAG